ACAGAUGACUUUAGGUCAUGAAGAAGGAGCUGGAGCACCUUGCUUAAAAUGUAAGGAUAAAUGUGAGGGUUUUGAGCUUCACUUUUGGAGAAAAAUAUGCAGAAAUUGCAAAUGUGGACAAGAAGAACAUGAGGUUGGAUCAAAUAAUGAAGAUGACCAUAAAGUUGGCAAACUAUUUGAAGAUACAAAGUAUACAACCCUCAUCGCAAAGUUGAAAAGUGAUGGAAUUCCCACUUAUAAGCGGAAUGUGAUGAUUUUGACUAAUCCUGUGGCAGCAAAGAAAGAUGUUUCCAUCAGCACUGUGACUUAUGAAUGGGCACCCCCAGUACAGAACCAAACCCUGGCCAGGCGUUACAUGGAACUGAUUCCAAAAGACAAACAACCUGUAGCUGGUUCAGAAGGAGCCCAGUACAGAAAGAAACAGCUGGCUAAACAGCUGCCUGCUCAUGAUCAGGAUCCUUCCAAGUGCCAUGAGUUGUCUCCUAAUGAGGUGAAGCAGAUGGAGCAGUUUGUGAAGAAAUACAAAGAUGAAGUCCUUGGUGUGGGAGAUGUCAAGUUGCCCAAAGACGUAGAGGCACAGGCAGGUGACAAGGGCAAGCCUGACAGUGGGGCCCGGAGCACCCUCACAACUGUCAAGGGGCCAGAAAACAAGGCAGCUACACCACAAGGAUCUGCCUACUAUUGCUUCAAGUGCAAGGAGAACAUGAGGGAG